AUGGGCACAGCAUUUUGUGGUGUCCUGCAGGGUCUGGACUCCCAGGUGUCACACCUCAAAGGAAAGCUGGUCCUGGUGGAGGAGGCCCUUCGGUGCCUGACAAAAGACCCAAAGAGAGCUUCUGCUGCAGCAACAUCAAGUGAGGUCCAAGACCUUGAGAAGCAGUUGCACCUAGCUCAUUCUGAGAGAGCAGAAGUUCACACAGGCCAGGCACAACAUGGCCAAGAACCUGGAAAUCCACAUGACCAGAUUCAUCAAUUGUUGACUGAACUCCACAAAAAAGACACAGAGCUCAGCCUAGAAAAAGAGCAGAACAAGUGAUUUUGGGAUCAGAACACAGAGAACAGCAUCACCAUGGAGCAGCUCAGGAGGCAGCUGGACAACAGAAACAUGCAGCUGCUGAGCAUGGAAAGGGCACUGAGGGAAAUGAGGAUGCAGUGCCAGAUGGCUGCAGCUGAGUAAGAAAAUGAAAGCAUUGGAAGAAUCUGCUCCUUGAGUGUGCAGCUGGAGAUGACCAAGGAAGCGUCUGGAUGACCAAGGAAGCGUCUGGCAGCCAAGCAGGGGGAUUUGGAGGCUGCUGAGCAAGCAGGCUCAGAUCUGGUGGCCUGUCUGCAGGAGAAGGAGAGAGCCCUUGGGGAGAAGGAGAGAGCCCUUGGGGCUGGCGGCCAGGAAAUCAGGGAGCUGCAUAUUCCCAGCAGGAUGCAGGAGCUCCAGCACGCCAGGAGUGAAGAGGGCUGCUCACACAAGGCGCAGUCGGAGCGGGAGGCGCUGAAACCGCGUGUGUUGGAGAGGGAAAGAAUCACGGAGGUCUUCCAAAAGCAGGUUGCUAACACGACACAAAUCAUGGGUCAGCACGACCAAACUGUUGCAGCAGUGGAAGUGGAGAAAUCCCAGCUGAAAAAGGAAAUAAAUGACUGGAAACUCAAAGCAGAAGAGCUUAAGGUUGCAAAGGAUGAGAAAGAAACCAGAAUAUGUGAAAUGGAAUAAUGCCAAGCUGAGCAAGGGAGCUGGAAAAGCUUCAGCACAUGCACCAAGAGGCUCCAGGCACUGAAGGAUGCAAAACUGGAGAAAGAUGAGCUCCUGCAGGAUCUCCAGGCUGGCCAGAGGGAGCUAGCUGGCCUCACAGAGGAAUUUGAAGAUUUGAAGAGGAAAGAUCAGGGUGAAGUCAAGGAAAUGGAAAAUACUGCGAACAGACUGAAAAUGCAGUUGAAAUGAGCCCAAGCUGAACUGAAACAGGCCAGGACUGCUCUGAAGACUAUAGAGGGAUCUGAUGGCAAUACUGUGGAAGCUGCAGCAAGAAUGCAGAAGCAGAUCACAGCCAAGAGAGGACAGAUGGAUGCACUACAGAGCAGGAUUAAAUUCUUGGAAGAGGCAAUGGCAAAUGCAGGUAAGGAGAAGCAUUACCUCAGGGAAGAAAAUAAUAAACUAAGUGAGAAAUUGAGCUGUAUUAGAGCAGAAAAUAUCAGGAUUGCUGGGGACCUGGAGAUCCUGAGAUCACAAUACAAACAGCUGAAAGAAAAGCUAUCAAAGAUGGAGACAGCCCUUGAGAAGGGAAGGGAAGGAGCUCAAGGCCCAGGCUAUUCCUCAGCUUCUGCUCCAGGGAAGCUGCAGCACACUGUACUUCUGUCCCACCUGCUCUCUGCUAAGCCUACCAAGCUGGACAUUUUGAAGGAAGAAGCAUUGCAGGAUCUGAAGAGGGUUCUUCAAGAAUUAAGAAGCUCAGACAGUGAAGCUUCCUCCAUGAAUCUCAGCAGCCAUGGUGGGAGAAUCCCUUUAACAACCACGAGGAGAACAGUGGUGAUAAUAUUAUUACUGUUUUCUUUAGCUUGUGAGCCCACACCAAAGAGGCUACAGAACAAGAUGGAAAGCCUGCAAAACCUGGUGGAGUCAUCACAGAUAAAAAAAAAGCUAAUCUGUUCUUCUGCUAUUUUCAGCCACGUCUCCGUGAUCAGAACUCAGGAGGUGAAAACAAAGAAAUCCAAGGAAAAGGAGAGAAAGCUGUCCAAGUGAAGCCUCUGUAUUCAUUAGUGAUCACUUUCAUGUAGGUACAUUGUGUUUAAAAUAAGUUGGUAUUAAAUAUUAAUAAUAAAAGCCCUUACAAUUUUUUAACUCAUGUUUAUAGCUUUUAUUUUAAAUGAGCAGGAAGUACAGAGUAGAAAGGGACCUUAAGGAUUAUCUCCUUCCAGCCCCGUGCCACGGGCAGGGACACCUUCCACUUUCCCAGGUUGCUCUAAGUCCCAUCCAAACCAGACUUGGACACUUCCAGGGAUGGAGCAGCCACAGCUUCCCUGGGCACCCUGUGCCAGGGCCUCACCACCUUCACAGGGAAGAAGUUCUCCCUAUGUCUAAGCUAAAUUCUUCCUGUUGAAGCUUGAAUUCCAUACUGUACCAUGAUUCAUUUAAGGAGAAUGGACUCAUCAAACUUUAGCUGGAGUCUUGUGUGGGGAGGAGAAAUUACUGAGCUGUUCUUAAGCUGUCCUCAGGUAUUGGCAACAGUGUUUCAAUUGGAGGAAUUUUUUUGUUUGUUUUCCUAGUAAUUUUUGCACUCUGAUACUUUUUGCAACAGUGUUGCAAGCUCAGUCAAAACAGUAGUAAACACAUCUCCCCUUUCCUAGAAAUCAGUUGCACUGAAAAUGGAAGGAUUGGUUUAGAUGGCAUAUGUAUCACAGUUUGGACUUGCCACACACAGCCUUCCAAAAUUUCCUUAAGGGGAGAGUCAGGUGUAGAGAAUAAGAACCCCUGAAAAAAGUCACUGGUAAGUGCACUCCCAGUUGUGUUCAAGGAGCCAAGCUAAAAAGAGUUUCAGAAGCUGCAGCUGCGUGCCAAGGGCAGGGAGCAGGUGGAGGGGUCAGAGAGCCAGAGAGAAGGGAGGGACAUCUGCCAGUCCAAAACAGCAGCUUUUGGGACAGGUCUGGGCUUCCCCCCUGCCACCAGCAGCAGGCAAGGAACAAGUAGACACACGAGCCUCAGAGCAGCUUGAAUACAAGCAGCCCCAGACUUGUUAUUCCAUGUCCUGCAGGUGGAUGGCACAGCAGGACUGCUGGGCCAAGCUUGCCCACAGCAAGGACACCACAGAUGGCAACCAGCCCCUGGCAGAGAAAACCUAACAGCAGGCUGAUACGUGGAGAGGCUCCAAAGGGUGAGUUAAUUCCCAGAGACAACGUGGGAUGGGCAUAGGUUUUGCAAAGCAAAAUAGCUGCAGUGAAGGUUUUUGUAGGAGACUUUAGAAUGGUUCAUGCCCAGUCUCCUCAGGCUGCUUGCACAGUUCACCAUCCAGCUGCAGCAUUCAGCAUUUGUGCACCAAACUAAGGAGCAGUUUGUGUUUCACAUAAAAGUAAUCAAGUUGUCUGAUUUGACAGAAGUUGGCUGUCAGGGGUAUGAGCAGGUGAACUUUAAAGGUAGCUCUGUGGUUGCAGGCUUUGCCAAGCUGUGAGUGAGAGUUUGUUUGCUUGGAGAUGUCCUGAGCCACUGGCUGUUAGAUCCACACAGGAAUGUCAACAAUAAGUUGUUUCUCACGUGUAGCUGCACUGGUCUCACAGCCAGGACAAGGCAUAGACAGCUAUCAGCCAUUCCAGCAGCAUCUUUUUUAUGCAGCAAGGCAACUUUUAGAUCUGCUUUCACCUUUGAGGAAAUAGAUUGUUCAGUAAUGAGAAAACACCCGUGAAGUUGGAGAAAAUACUAAUAGGUUCCUCCAGAAAAACUGAAAUCCAGAUUUAUUUCUUUUGCCAUACCCAAACCAUUUAAUUUAUAUAGGUGCUGCUGGGAAUGGCACAAUAAUUUAGAGGCUUUUCUAGCAAAAGCUUAGUGCAGAUCUUUGUAGAAACCCUAGCUCAUCCUUCAGCAAGGGGAUAGAAUCACAAGGACUGUGACUUGUCUGUGGGAUCAAAGCGCCGGGUGCUUAAUUAAAAAAAAUAAAUUGUUCUCGAUUUGAAAGACUUUUUGGGGUUGGUCUGUUUGACAUGUUCACCAUUGCAUUAGAGAACCUAUUCUAGCAUAGGUUAAGUAGCUUUCUAGUGCAUAACUUAAUCUAAAAGCACAGUUAAUCUCCUCAGACAAGCCUCAGGCGUGUGCAUUAAUACGCUCAGGCGGCAGCUUUGACUUGAGGGAUUUCUGAAGAUCACCUUCUACUGCUGCUGAAUAUUACCUGUAGUAUCCACUUCAAUUUGUUAGAAAAGCCAAGUGCUAAGAAUGCAGCUGAGGUUGUUCUACUGGAUAAAAAUCAAAAUCCCAAGUUGCCAGUGCACUUGUUCUUGGCCUAAGUCUAUCUCCCUCCUCACGCUGCCCUCAAGACCCUGCCAGGAGUUCCUUGAGCUGUUUUGUAGCCAGGUCUGCAGGAGCAGGCAAACCAACCCACUCUCAUCGAACAGCUGGAUUCCAAUCCCAGUAAGAACAUGGCCAACACUUGUGCUUCCCAGCAGCUCUAGCACUGUCCCAACCACAUGGAUGUCCAUUACCCCACCAGAUGCAGGAGGUCAGCUCUGAAGUUCAUCUUCCAGUCUUUCACCAGAGUCAUUCUAUUUCACACAUCCUGCUCCACCACACAGAGCAGGAAGGAAUUAGCAGAGGCAUUUAGUGAUGUGCUUUUUCAAGUACUUCUUCCAAACCGAAGUUUUAAUUUGUAUACUUGCAGAUCUACAAAACUCUGCUCUCCCAGACCCAGCUCACUCAAGGGAAGGGCUGUUUGCAGGCUUGGUCUCUCAGAGCUUGGUUCAGCAUUAUGGAAAGAGGAGCUUGCUCAAGCAGCAGCAUGUAUUUCUACCCAAAAAUACAAAAGGCAGAGAAGCAGGGCAGCUUUCUGCUUCUAUCAUAUAAAGACACCAACUAGCUGAAGCUGAAGGUAUUCUACUUCAUCUGGCUUACUAGAAGGCCACAACUUAAAGUAAAUUCAAGGUGAAAAGCUUAGUCUUAAAAAAUAUUUACAAGUUUAAGCCAAGAAUUUGCUAACAAUACUGUGGUGUUGUUCAUCAGUAUGCCACCUGUUCCAGCCCAAACCCUAUUCCCUGGCUGUCCCAGCAUUCCAGGUUUUUUUAAAGCCUGCUCCCACCCUGACAAAGUAAUUCAUUAAGCCGAGACAGUCCUUUGUGACCUUUGCUCUCCCCUCAGCAGGAGUGGAGCUGCCUGCCAAGCCUUUCAUUUGAGCCGAGAUGAUUGCUGGACAGUAGGGGGUAGAGAAUGAACUAUUUU